AAAUAAAAAAAAAAAUAAUAACAAGAACAACGAUAACGACAACACAUUAACAUCAAACAAGACGAUGAUACUGCAUAUUGCGAUCGCAAUUGCUUGCAUUACAACUGUGGGUUAAUUGUAUUUAGAAAGAUUUAUUUAUUUACGUUUCACGAAGGGGGCCCUGUCAAGGAGGCGUCCAAUUUUACGAUACAACGAAAUAACCGUAAAAAGAAGGAGAAAUAUUUUAAAAACGUAAACAACAUAAAGUCUCAUUAGUAGUGAGUGCGGCGUUAGGUUAGGAAAUAAAAAUCUUAUGUCAACUGAAAAUGUAAAAAUCUUCAAAAUAUAUAAAGAAAAGUUCAUGAUAAACUAAAAAAUUCAAUAGAAAAAAGGGUGAGAGAGAGAGAAAUGAUUCUUGAAUAUUUAACGAGUAGCGUAGUGAAAGAGUGCAAACGUAUAAAAGUGAUUAAUAAUAUUUGAAUGAUGAUGAUGAUGAUGAUGAUCAUGAUAAUGAUGAUGAUGUUGUUGUUGAUAAAAUGAAAUGCUUCCACUAAAGUGCGGCAAUAGUAACCACAGAAUCAAUGUACGGAACGUGUAUUAUGUCGUCUAUGGUAUUAAAACGAUUUACCGCCAAAAACCGUUUUUUGUGUGGCGUACAAGUAUGUGUUGAAAAACUUUUAAGAAAAAGAAACAAAGCUGUGUGCUGUGGGUAUUAUUUGUUGGCCAGAGAUUACUUAAGACUUUGGCAACACGUCACCUCUAAGAACGUUGAAAACUAAUAAUAAAAAUGGAAUUUCUUAAAAGGAAACAUUUUUCAUUGUGGAUUACGUGGACAAGAACAACAAAAACAACAGAAACAACAACACAAAUAACAUCAACGCGAGCAGCGGCAUUCGUAUUUCUGACCAUCUUCACUUCAUGGCUGCACGUUGCAACUGGUUUACAGGGUGUACCCACAUGGAUUUGUCUAGGCCUUAAGUCACCGUUUAUCGAGUUUAGCAAUGAAUUAGAAAUAUUGGCGAAUAACAGCAUACCGUUGAAUAUUACUAAAGAUGAGCAAGCUCUUAUGCAUCAAGAGGGUUUACGUAAGUUGGGCACUUUUAUUAAACCGGUUGAUUUACGGGACUCAGCGACCGGAUAUGUUAAGGCAGAUCUGACAAAGAAAGUGUAUUCACCGGGCAGUUAUGGCCCGCAAACGCAACGUCGUUUACAUCCGAUACAAGAAGAAAUGGAUCAGAAACAGAUUAUUCUCUUGGAUGAGGAUACGGAUGAGAACGGUCUGCCGGCCAGUUUAACCGAUGAAGAUCGUAAAUUUAUAGUACCUAUGGCUUUGAAGAAUGCCUCACCUGAUCCCCGAUGGGCUCAGGCUACAUUUCGUGGUACGACUACUACGACUAGCACGACCACAAGAGCACCUAUUACAACGACCAACAAACAGCAGCAACAGCAGCAGCAGCAGCAGCAACAACAACAACAGCAACGGUCCACAACACCUGCUACACCCGAAUUUGCGUCCAAUAUUGAAGAUCUCAAGAAGCAUAUAUUAUUUUUACAAAAUCUAACCAAACAUGAUAGUACCUUUCAAUCGAAAUUUGUAGUGUUUCCUAGUUUACAAAAAGACAAACAACGAAAUUCAUCAUCGGCGACAACGACGACAACAACUACACGUACUCCGUUUAGACCGAUAUUUCAGUACUCAGCACCAAUUAUACCGCCCACUAGAAAAUCUACUUUAAAUAUAAACAGUAAAAUACCGCAAGUACCGCCCUUUGGUGGCUACUAUCAUAAUCAAAACGAAGACGACGAAGAUAGUUUAUCACAAUUUUUUGCUCCUGUCAAUCCAAGAGAUAAAAUCGCUAUUGUGCCGCAAGUUUUAUUGCUUAACGACCAAAACAAGGACCGAAACGAUAAAAAAAAAUCGUUUAGCAUACUGCCUUUACCUACGACAACUACAACGACAACUAGUACGACGGUCGCAACUACAACAACUACGACAACUACAACAACUAGACGUCCCACGAAACCUACAAAGUUACCGCCCUGUGUACGAAAUCCCGAUUCGCCAAAAUGUGUACGGCAACGUAAACGUGAAGAGCUACAAAGACAACGUGAUCGCGAACAAUUAUUACGUGAACAAGAGAAAUAUAUGCCGCGCUACGAACCGUAUUUGCAAACCUUGAAUAAUACUAAACGCUUUGCGGUAUCUAUCGAAAUUCCCGAUUCCUUCAAAAUACCUUUCAAUGAAAGUGAAUCAUCUAAGCAAAGAGCAGUUGAAGAAAAUUUACAAAUUCUCUCCCGUUUUGUGCGUUCAACUCAUAAAAGACGGAACAUUGGUGGCGGUUUAACGGGACGUUCGAAUGAGAAAUUCGCCUCCAAAUAUGGUACUUCCGGGGCUUUUUUAGACCGUGAUGCUGCUCUAUCAGCAGCAAAUGGUCGAGAUUUUGUUUUGUCCAAUGCUGAACAGUUUGGUAUGCUUCCAGUUAAUUCAAGUACGCCAACUACUACUGUUGAGCCUUACUCCGAACCGAUAGACUUGAAUCCCGAUAAUUGUUAUCAAGUGGAAGGCAUGACUUACGGCCAAAAGAAACAAUGUGUUCUCCAUACAAGCGUUAUGCCGGCGAUUAGUCGAGGUGCACGAGCUGCAAUACAGGAAUGUCAAUUCCAAUUUAAAAAUCGCCGCUGGAAUUGUACUACCAUUGACGAUAAUACUGUUUUUGGGCCCAUGUCUGGUUUGGGUUCGCCGGAAAUGGCUUUCAUACACGCUUUGGCCGCAGCUACAGUUACUAGUUUUAUAGCACGUGCUUGUCGUGACGGGCAAUUAGCUUCGUGUGGUUGUUCAAGUGGUUCACGACCUAAGCAACUCAACGAUGAUUGGACUUGGGGUGGUUGCGGGGACAAUUUGGAAUAUGCUUACAAGUGA